AUGGAACCCCUCUGUGUGAGUUUCAAGUUUCCUCAUCAUUCAGGAUUCAUGCCCAGUUCUUUUGAGUUCCCUUCUGACCUCCAUAUCCAUAGCAGUUUCGAGUUUCGCCCUAAGCUCAGAUCAGUUUCUAUUCUUCCCUCUGCUUUCACCGACUCUGUGACCCUGUCUGUUGGGCUCCUCAGUGGGGCACUUCUGAAGAGUCAGGCCAGCGUGGAGUUGGACAAGAGGCCUCCAGGCAAUCCGGGCCUCUGCCUGAGCUGGUCAGAGGGACUCUGGACAUCGCCACCUUCCCCAACCAAUCCCCUGCUCAGUUCCUCCCCAGAUGUAACUUGUUCUGGGAGAGGAGCACCUGGCUUAAGGAGUUGGGGGAAGUGA